AUGUAUCUCCCACUCCUCACCCUCACCCUCACCUUCCUCCUCACCCUCACCACCGCCAUAGCCGUCCCAGCUCCCAACCCCCACUCCGCUCUCGAAGCCAAAGAUUUUAUCCCGGAUAAAGUUUCCCGACAAGUUCUCCCGCGUCAGGGCAUCCCGUUCCCGGAGCCGGAAGAGGAUAUCGAGCCCCCGAGAGAUGAUGGGUUGGUUCCGUUUGCGGGUGGGGGACCGGUGGUGGGGAAGUGGGUUAAACCGACUUUUACGCCGGGGCCCGAGGAUGAUGUGCUGCCGUUUAGUAAUAGUGUGGACCUGAAGAAGCGCAAUCUUGAACACACAAAAUUAAAUGCAUUCUGUCCAUACCCCGGUACAGCUUACUGCUGCAAUCCUAACCCUGGAACGGGAGGAACUCUCUGUAAAUGGAAUGGCGAUGGUCAUUUGGCUGGCUGUGAGUUGAUUACUGGUGGGGAAAGUGUUUGUUGUUCUACACUGGGGUGUAAGGGGAUGGUGGGGUUGAGAGAACCGAUUACUACGGUUUAG